AUGUACUAUACCCCGCUCGCCCUCUUUGCCUUUAGUAACGAGGAGGAGGCUAAGAAGAUUCUGGAUAGGACGAUGUCCGGUAGCGCUACUAUUAACGACGUCUUAUCCUAUACCUCGAGUCUGAUAGUCCCCUUUGGAGGAGUCGGCUAG